UUUCAUUUUAAAAUGUUGCUAAGGGGACUAUUCGUUUUCGCUUCGGCGAUGUUAAUUCAGACGAUCGCCGGUCAAAGCAUAGGUAGUGUGUACAAUAUUGCCGGCCUUGGCAACCCCAUUGCAUGCAAUAGCGCGGUUGCCAACGCCGCAGCUGCAGAAGCCGCUGCCUUAAAUGCCUACGGGCCAUACGCUGGCUACGGAUAUCCAGGAAUGUACCAAAAUUCCUAUGCAAACUCCUUGGCAUAUGCUCCUGCCAGUCCUUGUGAAUCUGAACUGCCAAUCGUCACUGGCAUUCCCGGAAUCACAUAUGGUUUGUCGCUCGCCGAUUUAGCUGCAUCACGAGGCGGUGGCUUACGAGUUAUGACGUCAUCUCCCAUCUCACCUACUGGCGUUUCUGUACAGUCAGAUAACAUGGCAGUCGAAGGACCGUUAUCUGUAUCGGGACAACUACCAUUCCUCGGUGUAGUAUCUGUAGAAGGUCCUUUAGCAGCUCUAGGAGCUGGAGCAGUCGCUUACGGUUGUGGGAAUGGCAACGUUGGCAUGGUAAGCGAAGGUGUCAACGAACCUUUGGUUGGCAACGCAGCGCUUGCCAACUCUGCAGCACUUGCCAAUGCUGCAUAUGCGAGUGGUUACGGAAAUCCAGCUUUAGGAUUAGCACCCAGUCUAGGCUGUAAUGGAUUACCCGUAUAUUAGGUAUUAUAAAAUUGUUGAUUGUUAAGUAAUAAAGUGUUUUACAA